UGUGUUUUUCUUUGUACCUAUAUUGCAACGGCAAGCAAGCAUCGCGAUUCAGCGGAGGUGAAUCGCGAGGCGAAUCCCUUCCUCCUCCUGGCCCGCGAUCCAGCAGCGGUAGGGUUUGUGGCGCCGAAUUCGCGAGAGCGCCGGUGGGAAUCCGAGGGAGAGAGGAAUUGGAGUGCGGAUUUUCUGGCUCUCUGGCGAUUCGUGUCCCCGUUUUCGUAGAGGUGUGUGGGAAGGUCUUUGUUGUUCUUGAUUUUGGGCCUGGCCUUUUCCGGGGAUGAGGGAAGGAGAAGGAUUGGGGUAAAAGGCUGUGUGGCUUCCUCAAUAGAUGGCACAAUGGCGCCUUAGGUUUGGCAGCAGCCGAUCAUGGGUUUGCUCAAGAUGGACAGAAGUGGAAGCGAACCAUCGCUGGUGCCAGAAUGGUUGAAGAACAACAACAACAAUGGUGGUGUUGGAAUAGCAUCACGACACUCCUCGUUUGUGAAUCGCCCCCAGCAUUCUUUGAAUGGAAUCUCGGACAGGGACUCGAGAUUCUAUCCGAAUUUUAGCCGCGGGAGGUUUCCCGAGCGCGAGCGUGAUCGCGAGGCCUGGAACCGGGACUGGCGAAGCCAUGACAGGCAAGUAGGAGGAGAUAGAGGGCCGUCGGGGUUUCACAGGGUGCCAGUGGCUAGGCUCGAUGUGGAGAAUGGGUGGUGCGGUUUCAAGAGCUCCGAGAGGCUCCGGAUGGCGAGCAGCAAUCGUUUUGUGUCGUCGAGGAACUCGAGUGACACGGACUACAUUGACAGCUCCAUGGCUCCCAAGACCCCGGAAGCGAUUUGCUCCAAGAUGCCGGAAGUUUUCAGCCCAAAAAUCCCCGAGGCUCCAUCGCCAGCCUUCAAGAUGUCUGAAGCGCUCGUCCAUGUAGCGUCGUCUCCGAUUCAGACGGCUAUGGAGCAGCAGACACAGCGGCUGGAGGAGAUUGCCUUGAAGCAAUCAAGGCAGCUCGUCCCAAUGAAACCAUCUCUUCCGAAAACAAUGGUGCUUCCUCGUAAGCCGAUGAAAUCCUCUGAUUUGAAGUCCGGCCAGCCAGCGAGUCCAGUUACUCCAUACCGGACACCAACGCCAGCUUUGAGCGUCUUGAAAGCAACUCCAGGAAGGCUCCAGGUGCUGAGCAAAGAGUCCACGGCGCCUGUUGCAAGCCGAGCUCCCCAGGCUCCCAUGGUGGAUCGCAAGCCAGCCAGUGACGGUAAAGUUGGCGACGUCCACGUCCACGAGGACCGGAAGCCUCUUGCGCACGGCCAGAACCGGAGUAACUUUUACAACGCGAUCCGGAAGAAGGCAGCGACAAAUGGCGAGAACAGGAAUCCGCAGGAGAGCACGGCGAUGGACACUCCACAGAAGAAGGCCUGCGAGGAGAGCUCCACUGUUGUGUCGGAGCUGAUUCGCACGGAAGAGAGUGGAGACGCUGGUGCUGUCAAGGAACUCAAGCCAGCCGAGGCGAAGAAUGGCCGGUGGUGCGAGAAGGAGGAGACUGCUCUGUUGAGGUCGCUCGGAUGGGAAGACAAACCGGACGGCGAGCCAUUGACGGAAGAAGAGAUCUAUUCUUUCGUCCGAGAGGUAAGCGACUGUAAACAACUUGGAAGCUUGCUUACCGAGAUGUUUGUUUUGCAGCAUAUGACGGCUUUGGCAUCGACCCCGUCGGUGGUGAACGGAAAGAACCAAGUAGUGUGCAAUGUGCUCUUGGAUCUGAGCGCUGGCAGCCUUGCAAGCCCAUCAUCCUCGGGCUCGGAGUCGGAGGAUUGCGAGUUGGAGCUGGGCAAGGUGAAAUAAGUCGACAAGACGACGAUGGCGACGAAGAACAGCAACGAGAGGAGGAGGACGGCGGGCUUGUAAAUGAGUACAUAAGGUUGUUCCUUGUUUUGGGAAGAUCCGAACGGUUUUUAGAGGGGGAGAAAAUUUUUGGUUUGAAGAAAUCCAGGCUGACCAAAUGAAGUUUGUUUUGCUGGCAAAUGUAGGAAGUUGGUCAGUGAGAAAUACGAACGAAAAAAACGAAACGAAUUCGAUUUACUAUA